GGAUGGUGAGUCUGGGCCAGGGUUAGGAUUGUUUAUCAUAGGACUUUAUGUGUUUUUGCUUUCAGAAAGUGCUAGCAGAUGAUUUUGGACAAGUGUUUUUUUCUACACGAAAACAGCCAUCAUUGUUCGCCCCUUGUAGGUCAAGUGACACACAUAGGCAGGUCCAAUUGAGUUUGAGUACACCUUUGUAAAGAAGGGCAAAGUGCGUUGCAAAAAUGGAAAUGAAAAUAAAUCCCAAACAAAUCAAGGAAAUGACUUUGUAGUUACCGGACACUGUUUGUCAGCGAUACCUGUAUAAUUGCUCAGUAUCUUUUAGUAUGGAGAUCACAGAGGCACUCAAAACUACAGUGUAAUAAUGAUGAAGUAUGGAGCUGGGUUUAUGUUCUCUUUAUCACUGUCUUCACUCAGUGUAGAAUGAUUUUGUGUGUAAUACAGGCUAAUAAUUCCCCCCCCGACCCACUUAACUCUACCGUGUCCUGCGUUCCCACAGGUGCUUGUAAACACACAGCUGAGCCCAGUUUUCCAGGACAAUACUUACACAGCUUUCAAGGCUUUAUCUAACCCUGUAAUAGUCCUCAAUUUAAAAAGAGUUUAGUUUCUUAUUGCAUUUAUUUGAAGUUCAGCUUUGUUCAAGUUUGCUUUCAGUCAGUUUGUUGUGUUGAGACUCAAACCUAGUGUCAGUACCAAGACGUUGAAUCGAGCAAAAUGAAAGCUAUUCUCACAAGAAUUUAUGAUCAAUUGAUAGAGAAACACGAAUAUGUAUUAGAGCGUUUUACAUCUACUGUUUCAAUUUCAAACAAAAAAUACCACGAGUCAAGAGGCGUUUCUUCACGUUUCUGCCAACUUAAGCAAAGAUCUAACUUAGUAUGAGGUGAAGUCAAGAUUCACUGUCACGAACCAAAAGGUAAAAUUUCAACCGGUUAGUCUUGUUGCAGGAUUCGUUUCAGUUUGGUUUUGGUUAACAACCAUUCGGGGAGCUGACUGUGUUUGAAGGACUGGAAAAUGGCAUCAAUAGCCACCCAGACGACAGAACUUGACGGUCAUCGUGCUGUGUUAAAAGAUAAAUUCAGUUUCGUGAUAAUACAUUUCUCCUGUAAUUGAAUCCUAUUCUUUUAAAGAGCGUACAAAAUGGCUGCCUGGCUGGAAACACCAUACUUGGAAGAGUGACAUGGACAACAAAAAUGGCAACUGAUCAAAAAUGUCAGCCGCCAUUUUGAGGAACUUCAAGGGACCUUUUGUUAAUAGCAUCAAAACAACACUGACUCACCUGUCAUCCUAGAUAUGAAACAUGAUGGUGUCACACUUAGUUCAUACUGAAACGCUGAUUUGGCCUUAUUUUUGUCAAUUAUUGGCGUGGUUGGCGUCUCAACAUCACUUGAAAACUACCACGAGGUAUUGCAAAUGGAAGGUAUCCAUGGCCAGAAGGGCAACUCUCAUGAGGAGUAAUUGUCACAGAGGGACGCACCCAACCCCUAUUGUUCUCUUAUAGACUAAUAAUGCGUCACAUCUUUUCAGCACAGACGUAAAAGUGGACAAUGCCACUAUUUAUAAAGGCUGGGAAUCCAGGCCAAACACAAACAAAACAAUCCUACUUGUUGGUACGCAACACAUCACCCGAGUCUGCUAAUCCGUGUCAGUUCAUAGAAGAUUGUCUCGCCUGUGGGAAUGAUGACCUUUUAGGUUACAUUGGCUCAGUUCCACCGACCAUUGAGUGUGGUACCAGGUCCAGGUCGAUGGUCAAGCUUGAGAACCUCACCAGAUUCCUAGUGGUUAUAAUGAGUAACAAUAUAAAUCAUUGUCUAUUUUUUUUUUUGUUUCUACAACUUCAAACCAUUCACACAUAAUAAACAUGCAUACAUUUUUGACAUGAAGAAUUUCUUCAUGUUUCAGUUUAUAUUCGCUAUCUUGGAAAUGAUUGUAAAUGUUUGUAAAUUACUUCUAUUUGUCAUUGUUUAUAAUAAUAAUGUAUUAUAAUCGGUAAAUAAACUCCAGAAUUUAUUUCACAAGUGUGUAUCAAACUGACUCGCCUUUUUGGUUGCUCAGUAGUUUCAAAAUAAAUAGUGCUUGAUCAACAAAUACAUUCAAAUACAGUUUUAAAGCUUAUUAUUCUGAAGCUUAUUAGUUGUUUUCUCAUCACAUUUCAAUUUGAAUCACUGAUAUCAACAUAUAUUCAGCGAUGUAUGAAUAUUUUGAGGAAGCAACAUGCAGAAAUUAUAAAAAGUUGUGAAGUGAACAUGACGGUAGAAUACAGAUGUAAAGCACCUGCUUCUGACCGUGAACGCGUCACAUACGUGGAAAAAUACGUCAUAACGUCAUUGGACCCGUCGCCCACCAAAUCCCGCCCACAUCUCCUUUCCCUCGCUUCACUGCCCCAAAUCUCUGCGGUCACAACAGACCCGCUCGCAACUCCCUCUGGACAAAUGUCAACGGAAUGAAAAAAAGUGCAACACGCGUUUUCAACGCGCUGAGACGUCGGUAACAUGUUGCGAGAGAGUUGUAGUUCAGUCGGUGGUGACGUUGCUGCGGUCCCCUCACUGUUGCCAGCAGCUAGAGAGUCACCUGAACGCAUCACAAAGAUGGGGAAAUGUCAGUUGUCGAUGGACCCUGUUCAGGAGUGGGGGGAAGAGGAGGAAGAUGGAGCCGUGUUUGGCGUCACUCUGCGUCGGGAACCAGCCCUGAAAAGCCCAGACACGACUGACCACACUAUGACGACAGGCUUCGUCCAGUACCACACGGUGAAGUUGCGCAGGAUGAAAGCUGGAACACUGGAACGCCUCAUCACCCACCUGCUGAACCAUGAGCAUCGGGAGCCCGACUACAUACCAGUGUUCCUCUCCACGUACAGAGCCUUCACUACUGCCAGCACCCUGAUAGAGCUGUUGUUUCAGAGAGACGACACCAUGACAAACCUGGACAACACUGUCUCCACUCACAGUGUCCUGCCACCGAUCAUCAAACUGUGGCUGGAGGAGUACAGCGCCGACUUCCACGAGCCCCCGCAGUACCAGGCCCUGCGCCUGCUGUGUGCGCACUUGCGCCUCCGUCUCCACUUCAGAUGUUUGGCACAGAUGGCCGAGAGUCUGCUCAAGCGCCUCCAAGAGCAAGAUUGCUGUAAACCAGCGACAGUUUCAUCUUGUCCCGAGGAGGAGAGAGUUCACCAAUUGAUGGACUUCCCUGAACGACUGGUGGCAGAGCAGUUGACCCGUCUGGACGUUGAAUUGUUUGUGAGAAUGGUACCGUCUCACUGCCUGGGCUGCAUUUGGUCUCAGCGGGACAAGAAGGAAAAGGCGAACCUCGCCCCCACUGUCCGUGCCACCAUUUCCCAGUUCAACUCCGUCACUAGCUGUGUCAUCAGCUCGCUGCUUUGCCCUCUUGGCUCUCCGACUCCCAACUCAUCACCCACUUCCAGCACCAAUUUCUGGUUCCCUUCUUCCGCACCAAGUUCCCCUCGCUCUUUACCCACUAGCCCUGCCCACCGCGCACGCCUUAUUGAACGCUGGAUUGGGAUCGCACAGGAAUGCAGACUACUGAAAAACUUCUCUUCCUUGAGAGCCAUCCUCUCUGCGCUCCAGUCCAACGCAGUCUUUCGCCUCAAGAAGACGUGGGCCGCGGUCAACAUGGAGCGCAUGACUGCAUUUAACCACCUAUGCGAGACCUUUCCUGACGUGAACUGUGUCCUCACGAGCAAAGAGAUCCUGAUGGAGAAUGAGAGUCAGACAGAAGGCAGCCUCUCGUCCUCAGGCUCCAAGUCACCAGAUUUUUGCGCCAAACAGAGUUAUAGUGGUGGUGCUGUUCCUUACCUGGGCACGUACCUGACCGUCCUCACCAUGCUGGACACGGCUCUCACUGACACUCUGGAGGGUGGCCUCAUCAACUUUGAGAAGCGUAGAAAGGAGUUUGAGAUUCUCUCUCACAUCCGGCUGCUUCAGGCCUCAUGUUUCCAUUACAACAUUCCUGUCAAUAAUAAAGUCACCAAAUGGCUUCAAGGUCACCCGCCGCUGUCGGACCAGCAGAGCGACAAGCUGUCACGCAACCUGGAGCCUCCGGUCGACCUUUGCCCCUGGUCUCCCAACUCCUGGAGCUCUCGUCUGCAUGCGAAGAAGAUGUCGUCAUUACAAAAGAUGACUCACUUGGACCAGAUCAGCUUGUCCUCUGGCUCCAGCAGCUCAGACAUGGAAGACGCUUCCAGUCCCUCGCCCCUCAAACUCAACCAGAAGUGUCUGUCGGGCUCGCUCCACAAUGUAUCCGAAGACUACCCGUCCAUGUGCUCCUCCUCCAGACUCUCCAGCUCCUCAUGCAGCUCCUCUAACCCUGACCUCAGCUCCACAUCCCUCUCGCUCCCUCCAGAGUCUCCUCCUCCUUAUUCCUCCGCCUGCAGCUCCCCUCAGGUGCCGCUGCCCGUCUACAACAAACAGAUCGCUGACUCUUGUAUUAUCAGAGUCAGCGUGGAGUGUGUCAGUAACGGAAGCGUCUACAAAAGCAUUCUGCUGACCAGCCAGGACCACACUCCUCAGGUGGUCCGUCGAGCUCUGGACAAACACUACCUGGAGGACGUCAGCUGCCGCAACUACAAGCUCUGUCAGAUGCUCACCAACGGAAAAGAGUUGCUGAUCCCUGAAAACGCCAACGUCUUCUACGGCAUGUGCACCAGAGCCAACUACGACUUUGUCCUGCGGCCACAGCAGGGGACGGCAGGAAGACACCUGGACAGUUCAGGGGUGCAGUCCAGGUGCCGCCAGUUCUGCUGAGUGCCAUCCACAAGUCGUGUUCCCUGUAGAGGAGCCACUCGUCUGAAGCCACAAGAGGGCGCUCCGUGAAAUGGAGAUGAAGCUGCUAGUGUUAGUCAUAGUGAGACUUGUGACCUGAACACUGAUAGAAGUCAGGAUCUGAGCAGCUGCCAACAGGGCCGGUUGUCUAUCUCAGAGCACACACUUGACUUUUUUUUUUCUUUUUUUGGACUGCACAACAACCGGAACACAGAAAACUGGAGCUCCAACGGAGAAGAACCUAACGUGACAUAAAUGUCUGACCUUGAUGGCGUUCUAAUUAUUUCAACUUUAUUUGUCAAAGAUUAUAAAUAUGUAACUAAGUAAGUUAUUUAAAUUCACAUCAGUAUUCUGCUUUCCCGGCAGUGAUUGCCUAGUUAAUGUGCCUAUCAGAUUUGUAUGUGUGAUCGAUCGAGCGCUGCUGACUAACACUUAGUUAAAUGAAGGAAGUUUUUGAUUCAGGUUUUACUGUGACUUUUACUGUCGCGUGGUUCAAAUGAAGGACGCGUUUGUGUGAAGAUCCCAACAUGUGAAGCACUGAUGUGAAAUCCUCCUGAAAGCUCAACCAACCUGGGAUUUGGCAUCAGUGUGUCGCUGUGGUCUGGCAGCUGUUCGUCAACAUCUGUCUUGGUUAGUUUUGCCUUUUUGCUUCUUUGCACUGUGAGAGAAACAUGUUGCUUCUCUUCCUCUCCUGAAUGAAGUUUUAGUCAAGCACUAUUUAUGACUGUCGAUAAGUGAAAUAAAUAC